AUGAUCGCCGCUCAGGCCAAGCUGGUUUACCAGCUCAAUAAAUACUACACUGAGCGCUGCCAAGCGCGCAAGGCGGCCAUCGCCAAGACCAUCCGAGAGGUCUGUAAGGUGGUCUCGGACGUGCUCAAGGAAGUGGAGGUGCAGGAGCCUCGCUUCAUCAGCUCCCUGAGCGAGAUCGACGCCCGCUACGAGGGUCUGGAGGUCAUCUCGCCCACAGAAUUCGAGGUGGUGCUCUACCUAAACCAGAUGGGCGUCUUCAACUUCGUGGACGACGGCUCGCUGCCCGGCUGCGCGGUGCUCAAACUGAGCGACGGGCGGAAGCGGAGCAUGUCUCUCUGGGUCGAGUUCAUCACAGCGUCCGGCUACCUGUCGGCGCGCAAGAUCCGCUCGCGUUUCCAGACGCUGGUGGCUCAGGCGGUGGACAAGUGCAGCUACCGGGAUGUGGUCAAGAUGAUCGCGGAUACCAGCGAGGUCAAGUUGCGCAUCAGGGAGCGCUACGUGGUGCAAAUCACUCCGGCGUUCAAGUGCACCGGUAUCUGGCCUCGCAGUGCUGCACAGUGGCCUAUGCCCCACAUCCCCUGGCCCGGCCCCAAUCGGGUGGCGGAGGUCAAGGCCGAAGGGUUCAACUUGCUCUCUAAGGAGUGCUACUCGCUGACCGGCAAGCAGAGCUCUGCGGAGAGCGACGCCUGGGUGCUGCAGUUCGGAGAGGCUGAGAACCGCCUGCUGAUGGGCGGCUGCCGGAACAAGUGUCUCUCGGUGCUGAAGACGCUGCGGGACCGCCACCUGGAGCUGCCUGGCCAGCCGCUCAACAACUACCACAUGAAGACGCUGCUGCUGUACGAGUGCGAGAAGCACCCGCGGGAGACGGACUGGGACGAGGCGUGCCUCGGAGACCGGCUCAACGGCAUCCUGCUGCAGCUCAUCUCCUGCCUGCAGUGCCGCCGCUGCCCUCACUACUUUCUGCCCAACCUCGACCUUUUCCAGGGCAAGCCCCACUCGGCCCUGGAGAGCGCUGCCAAGCAGACCUGGAGGUUGGCCAGGGAAAUUCUCACCAAUCCCAAAAGCCUGGACAAACUAUAG